AUGAAUGGUAUCGAUGAUGAAUUAGCUUCCAAAAAGGAAUUAAAUAAAAAGCAAAAAACUUUUGCAAUCAAAAUUUUAGUAAUUAUUUAUGCUUCAUUUUUAUUAUUGCUCAUUUAUACUAUUAUAAAUUUUCAUUUCAUUACUCAAAGAGUAAAUGAGAUUACUACUGAAAUUUAUGAUAUUCAUGUUUCUGAUAAUCAAUUUGAAAAUACUGAAACAAUACAACCAUAUAUUUUUGCAAGAGACGAUGAUGAUGCUUUAAAUGUCAUCGCAACGGAUGUAGUUGACACUACAACAAUAGAUCUACUUGGAAACACAAAUGCUAUAUCAUUAUCAGAAACCCAAAUAAAAGUUAUCAAUUACAAACGCUCAAUUAAAAAUGAUAAAAGAUGGAUUUGGUGGGCAUUAGGAUUAGCUAUAAAAGUAGCAGAAACAGGAAUUGCAAUGUGGCAAUUAAUUGAUCUGUCAGGAGCUGGUUGGGCUGGAUGGAAUAAAGGUUCAGAAAUUGUUGCUCAAUUACAAAUUAUUUCUGCCUGGGUUGGAGCUGUUGGUAAAAGAGAUUCAAAUGAUAUUACUAAAACAUUAACUUCUUUAUUAGUUGUUCAAAAUCAAUUAACUAAUUUCACUGGUUUACCUUAUCAAAUGCUUUUAGAUGAUAAUCAUAAUACAUUAUAUAGUUCUUAUUAUCAAGGUGCACCAUUAUUUUAUUCAAUAGAUCAUGCAGGUACCCCAAUAAUAGGAGGAUUAAAAUCUUGGAAUAAUGGAUCUCAUGAUUUAAUUAGUAUAUAUCAUAGUUUUAUUUCUUAUAACAAUACAAUGGGAUUGAAUAAAUUUAAAAAAAGAGAAACUUUCAAUGAACAAGAUUUUACAAAUGGAGUUAUUGAAAUGACUUUUUUAUUUAAUGAUGAAGAUCAUGGAGUUUUAUCAACAAAUAAUGAUUAUACUCAAAUGGAUGAUGAAGUUGCUUGUGAAUUUGGAGAUUUAGGUAAUAAUAUGUAUGCUUUUCAAAUUAUUGAUUUUAAUAACGAAGGUACAAUUUCAGGAGGGAAUGUUAGAGCUUUUUCUGAUCAACCUUAUGGUGAAAGUGAUAUGGAUAUUCUUGAGGGGGAUUUAUGGCCUGAAAGUGAUUGUGAAGUUGCAAAAAGAAAACUUUUAGUGUAA